AAGCGACACCCACUGAUGACGUACCGUGCUGCUUUUGAUUCGUUUUAUGCGCGCGGCCUCUAACGGCAGACGUGAGGAAUACAACCAAGCCUUCCACGAAAUCACCUCCAUUUACUGAGAAGGGCAAUUAAAGGCGCCACAGGUCUCACCGAUUCCGCAACGAGUCCGGGAACCCCAUCUUGGACGGCGUCGCAUCGUGCACAAUGGCCUCAGCCGAAGGACUGGUAGCGCUCCGCCACUGGCUGAGCGAAAAUGGCGGCUACCUGCAUCCCGACAUUGUUCUGGAACACACAGACGCCGCUGGCAUUCGAGGUCGUGCAAGCGCACGCCUCGACAAGAAUGCGCGGAUAUGCAUGAUACCGCACUCCAUCGCGCUGUCCACCCUCAAUGCCCUCGUGGACGACUCGUUCACGGUAUUUCGAAGCCGCGGUCUUGCGCCUCAGGCCAUUGGCCACUUCUAUCUGAUGCAUCAGUACAUCAAUCGCGACACCUCAUAUUGGAAGCCCUACCUGGACACAUUGCCCUCACCGGAUAGCGAGCUUCUGACGCCUCUCUGGUUUGACGAGCAAGAUCUACUCUGGCUCACAGAGACCGAUGUUCUCUUCACGGCCAAGGCGCGGCAGAUAUUGCAUGAGAACCACUACAACCAGGCGAUUGCUAUGCUUCAAAAUGCCCAGGUAGACCCAGCGCCAUAUACUUGGCACCUCUACAAGUGGGCGGUAACCAUGUUCACAUCGCGCUCCUUUUCAUCUCGUGCACUUUACCCGCAGGACAGCAAGUACUGGUCGGCAUACAAGUCUGCGCCUGAUGGUCGCAGACAGACUGUACUGCUUGACCUGUCGCGCAGCCCUGCAGAAGAUCUCGAUUUUCCUGUUCUGUUCCCAGUCCUUGACACUCUGAACCAUCAUCACGAUGCCCAUGUCGACUGGAGCUUCGACUCGGGUCGCUUCAAUGUAUCAACUAGCGAUGAAGUGGCUGAAGGCGGCGAAGUAUUCAACAACUAUGGGCCAAAAGGCAAUGACGCCCUUCUUCUUGGCUACGGAUUCUGCAUUCCUUCGAACCCGAACGACAGUGUUCUGCUUGUGCUCAAAGCACCACCAGACCAUCUUCAACCGGAAAUACGACAAAUACAGCCGGGAUACUUUGACUCGGCUGGGCAGUGGAGCAGGGAGAAGGCCACUUUCGCAUUGCACAAGUCGGCACCGGUGUUCGACAAGCCAGCAGACAUCUUCCUGCAGAUGCCCUCUUCACUCUUGGAACUGCUGACAUAUACCAUUCGCCACGAGAGAAGACUGCCAUUUGAAUUCACAGAUCAUGUCCUGCACAGCCUUGUCGACGAGAGCAGCCCGAGCCGCCAUUAUCUACCUCAUAUUACGCGGAUGAUCGUUUCAUCUUUGGCGCCAAAACUCGACAAGAUCAAGACUACUACGCCUACGGUGCCGCCAAGCAACAAACGGCAGGAGAUUGCGAAAAUCUAUCGAGACAGCCAAGUCGUCAUACUGGAAUCAGUGAUGUAUAGUCUGCGGCUUUACCUGCGAUCUAUGCUUCGUAUCUCCUUCCCACAUCCUGAACCACUUCCUGAUGGGUCCUUUAUCACGACUAUCGAAGGCCUGAUCGAACUACUUGGGCGGUCUAGCAUUGAAGCCGCGAGAGAUUUCGCAGAUGGCGUCGUGGCAAAUGCAGGCACCUCUGAUCUGGAUCAAUUACGAGAGGCUGGUUGGGAGGAGGAUAUCUUUGUGCUGCUAAUAUGUUACUGCCAGCUCACAUUCGGUUUCGUUCUGCCAGAAUUCUGUGUCGAUAGAAUUGCAGAAGUGGAAGACGCUCUGUACGCUGUUGAGCUGGAGCAAGCGCAGGACUUGUUGGACCUUGUUCGCGCAGCAGCAGCAGCCAGCCCGAAUAGUAUUUGGGCCCACCAGAAUUGGAGUGCCAAGUUCAUCGCCAAGGUAGGGGGAAGAAUGCUGGUCCACGAGAGCUUUCCGAUGAUGGUGCCUGUUAGCGAAUCACAGGAACUACCACGCCCCGUGAUAUAUUUACAUGGCAUCACCUCUCGAUCAUAGAUGAGCGCAUGUGGCAGUAUGCAAUUCCAAACUCUGGCGAACGAUCUGGUCCUCAGGCGAGCAGACAGUGCCGACUCAACCUCCAUAGCUCCUCCGAUACGCAGCUUCGUCGUCUCGACCUGCCAGCCAACCUUUGAAUCCGGGGACUGGCUUCACCUGUCGCUGUUUAGAGACCACCUUGCUCUGACCAGCUCACUCAACUUACUUCAGAAAAUUGCUCCCGUGGUACCUCUGUCGUGGUCGCAGUGCAUCCGAUUUGUCUUCCAUGCUCGAAUUGCGCGCCGAUGCCUGCUAG